AUGCAUGAUACUCUUGUUUUUCCAAAAUAUUAUAAACAAGGAAAAAAAAUUAAAAAAACAUAUAAUAUAAUUUCAAGUCAUAAUACACUCAAUGUAGAAAUAAUCACAAAUACAGUUUUACAAGCAUUUAAUGAUGCAACUAAUUUAAUACGCCGUUUUAAAAUUAAAAAUCUUCUUGAUGAAAAGAAGAUUACAAAUAUGAAACAACUUAACAGUUAUAUCCACAACAUUUUAAUACAAAGAAUAAAUAUUAUGGAUUAUUCUGACUUGUACGAAGAAAAAGAUAAGACAUCAGAUUCGAAAGAUGAAUUAGAUAUUGUUCUCGAUUCAGAAAGUGAUGUUGAAAGUGAAGAUCAACAAUAUGAUACAUCAUCUAUCUCGUCAAAUGAAGUCUUAAAUGAUUUAGAUGGAAUUAAGUUCUCUGGAAUGCGAGUAUUCGAUACAGUUCGACCAGAAUUGGGAAAAACGUUUUUUGAAGUUGAAAUAGGUGGUAAAAGAAAAUUUGUUCGCAAACAGACUGCUUGUUGGAUUUUCACUGAAAACAAGCCGGUCUUGUCAAAUGAUCGUCUCACUCGUGUUAUGUAA